GAAGUUCGGCUAUUUACGCAUACUUCUCCUACCAUGUGUUUACGUUCGAGUCAUACCUGAAACGUGAACUUUUUACAUGCAAAUGCACAUGCAGGUGUCUGGUUUUGUUUCUUAUCAACCUGUACAGUUUGAAGUAGACGUCCGUUUCGGAUAACUCAUUUGUAGACAUCUUAUUUUGGAUAAGUCCAUCAUGAAUGAAGGACAUACUUAGCGUACUGUAACCUUUUCACUACUUUGUCCUGAGAACGUGAUCAAUAUCAACAUGAUGAUCGAAACGAGCCGGUGGAGCUUGGUUGCGGAUAUUUUCUUUUCCUCGAACAAAACGGACAAGCAAAUCACGCAUUGCCUCUGUUCCAGAGCCUUUGUACAGGACCGUGAAUUAUAUUGCUCUGACAACAGAUACCUCAACUCUAACAAGGCCACAUCUGAACCGCAAGAUCAUGAAGACUUUGAAGAAGAUGAAGGAGAUGUAGUGGACGAUGAGGUUGAGGAGGAAGAGGUGGAGGAUGAACUGUUGGAUGAAGAGGCUCAACUGAUGGCCAGCAUGGGUCUACCUGUUGCCUUCGCAAGUCACUCUGUAAAAAAGAAAACCGUGAGGAGAGUGAAGCGGAGAGCUCCCAAUCACUGGGCGGCGGCAGCAGAAGAGGAGGAGGAGGAGGAGGAUGAAGAUGUGGUUGACAUGGGAGAAAAAGAACAGACAGAGAAGGAGCAAGAAAGACUGCAAGCAGAGGGCCAGAUGGUUACAGAAGCACCAGAGGAGACACCAGUAGAGACACCAGUAGAGACACCAGUAGAGACACCAGUAGAGACGCAGGACGAAGGCUGGGAGACUUACUGGGCUCAACAGGGCCAGGCGCUGCUGUGGCAGGGCUGGCUGGAGAAGCACCCAGACACCGUGAGCCCUCCCUGGGACGACGGGGACACCCGGGCCGCCUGGGACCAGCACGCCGCCGAGGCCUACUACGGCUACUGGGACCAGUACACGUACUGGGCGGCCCAGGGCUGGACGGCCGCCGGCGGAGAGGCGGGGGGCCGCGACGAAGGGACGACGGGGGAACCGGACGCUGGCGCCACCGACCCUGAAGACGACGCAAGAGCCGUCGGGGCGGAAGAGGUGCAUCAUGGGACGAGGGGGGACAUCGCUCAGCCGGGCGCCGCUGGUGGAGAGGCCGACUGUGAGGGGCGGGGGGAGGGCGAGCGGGGGGAGGGCGAGCGGGGGGGCGGUCUGGUGGAGCUCAUGGUGGGGAUGAGUGUCCACACCGCCGCGGGGGGAGAGCAGAGAGGCGGCGGCGGCGGGGGCCACGGUGAACCGGUCGACGGCGGUAACGACCGCAAGAGAGCGGGCAGCAGCAGCACCGACGCAGAGAACCGCGGUCCCCAGCAGAACGGUGGCGCCCACGGAGACCCCCAGGGAGCGGACAGGAGGGGGGCUCACACCGGAGGGGGGGGGGGGGACGAGGAGGAGGAGGACGACCUCCCAGGGGGGGGCUCCAAGGUCAAAAGAAGUCAUGAGCUUGACGUGGAGGAGCUCCCUGGUUUGUCCACCGAGGAGGCGUGGGAUAAACUGGGCCUCAAGCGCAAACCUGACGCCCUGUUUGACAGCGUUCUAACAUUCAAACCCAGUCCGAGCCAGAAGAGCCGGCGGUCUCACGGUAAGAAGCGAGCCGCCGCCCAGAAGGUCAACAAACACACCUUCUUCCCUGAGGAGGACCCCGGCGCCACCACGCCACGCAUCAGCGCCACCCUCCAGAAGGUGCAGGGCUUCCUCCAGAAGGCCCAGAGGGAGCGGGAGCAGGCCGUCCUGGGGUCUGACCUGGGCCCUACAGGGGGCCCCCGGGACCCCAGCAGGGAGGUCCCCCCGAACCCCCACGGGACGGCCCCCCCAGAGAGGGGGGGGCUGCCGGAGACGGUCCGCAGGGGGGGGGAGGAGGAGGAGGAGGAGGAGGAGGAGAAGAAGAAGAAGAAGAGUGUGGAGGUGAUGGAGGAGAAGAGUGUGACGGUGCUGCAGGAGGUGAAGGAGGAGGACGUGGAGGAGGUGAUGGAGGUCCAGGAGAAGAGUGUGGACGUGCUGGGGGAGGUGCUGGAGGUCCAGGAGAAGGGGGUGACGUGGAUGUACGAGGAGGUGCAGGAGGAGGACGUGGAGGCCCAGGCGAGGCAGGCGGGUCGGGAGAUCUACUCUCUGGACAUCCCAGACUUCCUCCUGCCGGAGCUCCCGGAGGCAGCCCCAGCGCCCGCCAGGGAAGAGGAGGAUGACGUGGGAAGACCGAAGAGGCGCGGGAAGGCCGGGAAGACCCGGAGCAGGAUGUGGAGGCGGGGGCGCGGCGAGGACAUGCCGGAGGACAUGAAGGCGGAGCCGGAGCUCGCCAAGUACUGGGCCCAACGCUACCGCCUCUUCUCCCGCUUCGACGAGGGCAUCCGCCUGGACACCGAGGGCUGGUUCUCGGUCACCCCGGAGCGGAUCGCCCACCACAUCGCCCUCCGGGUGAAGGAGAGCUUCGUGGACUCCCACCUGGUCAUCGACGCCUUCUGCGGCGUGGGGGGCAACGCCAUCCAGUUCGCGCUCUCCGGGAAGCGAGUCAUCGGCAUCGACAUCGACGCGUCGCGCCUCGCUCUGGCCCGCCACAACGCCGAGGUGUACGGCGUCGCCGACCGCAUCGACUUCCUGCUCGGCGACUUCCUGCAGCUGGCGCCCGGUCUCCGUGGCGACGUGGUCUUCCUGUCGCCGCCCUGGGGCGGGCCGGACUACCUCACGGCCGAGGUGUUCGACAUCAGGACCAUGAUCCAGCCCGAGGGGUUUGAGAUCUUCAGGCUGUCCAAGCUGAUCACCGACGACAUCGUUUACUUCCUGCCCCGGAAUGCGGACAUGAACCAGAUCGCCUCUCUGGCGGGACCAGGGGGGCGGGUGGAGGUGGAGCAGAACAUCCUGAACAACAAGCUGAAGACCAUCACUGCUUACUUUGGGGGGCUCAUCAAGUCUGAUGGCUGACAGUACCCUGUGUGGAUUUUAUUAAGGCAGUUUUUUUUUAACAAAUGUUCAAUGGUUGUCAUUUUUUAAAUUGUGUAUCUGAUUUAUAUUUUCAACAAAUAAAACGGUUAUUUUAUAAUGUGCUUUCAGAAGUUUGCGUUCGUAAGGAUCAACGUACACAUUAUGGCAAGGCUUGUUUAUUUGCUAGUCAGAGUCGUCAAAAACCAAAGAAACAGCAGAAUACGAUUUAUGUCGUGGAACAUAUACAGUGACAAGCCGCUUCAGAGAGAACAGUAGGCCGACGCUCUUGAAAAAUAGGAACGCUAAAUGCAUUGAAAAGAUUUUGAGCGAAAAAAAACCCUUUUUAAAAUAGGAAUGUGUAUUGAAAGUAAAAAGUUGUUUGGAAGUAGAUUUAGACACGAGCUGUCAUGUAUUUAAAACUGUUGGGUCAGAAGGAUGAGGUCAGUUCUGUUACAUUGCAUCAUGCCGAGCCAUGGCCUGGUUGCUGAGGCAACCAAAACAAACUGUCAAACAAACACGAAAAUCAUCAAAUGUUGUUGAGCGAAGCUGCCCAUAACUACACCCAUAACUAACAGAGCACAUCAAGAAAUCGGUACAGGUGGGCUAUACGGCUAACAUAUGUGGUCUACUUAUCGCAGUGUGCAGAAAGUGAGGUGGACCAUGGUGCAUUUACAGUUUGCUAUUUAUCAGAAGGCUUUUCAAGAUGGCCGCCAUCUUUAAGCCACAUGCUAGUGAUGAAGGUGAAAAUAGCCCAAAACAAGUAUUUUUUUCUUUUUGAAAAUCACAAUUUCUCUUCUACUUCAUGAAACAAAAACAUGAAGUAAAGUAAUUUUGUUUCAGCUUCACAAGAUACUGACAAAUUAACUCAAAAGCUAACAUCGAAAGUUGAUUAUCAGACAUCAACCAGUUGUAUUUUAUCCCUCAAAAAUGUAAUGUUAGUGCAAUGCUUUAUUUGUGAUUUCGGGGGUGAUGGGCCCAAACUUCUUAUUUGUUUAACUUAGUCUAGGCUAAGUUUUUAACUAAUCCAACCAGUUUACAAUGAAAAAACCUCAAUGCUUCCAUGAAAGUGAGACAAUACUGCCUAGCGUACAUGUAGGAUAUUAAAGAAACCCAGCAAUAACCUCGAACCA